ACAGCACUCCGAGAAACUUUUGUUAAUACCUGCCAAUGCAGAUUUCUAUGAGAAGCGGCAGCUCUAUUCCAGAGAACUUUUGUUUUUCCAUGGCAUCUACAGUGAAGAAAUCAUCUUAGACCUCAUAUCCAGCACCGGCUCCAGCCUUGGCUGCGAAGCUCCCAACCAGUUGCGCCCGUUUGCGAGAGAGAAGCCGGCAGACAAAAGGUGACAGCAAAUAAUCCCCAUGGCAUCAGCAGGGCUGCAGUGCUUUGCUUUCAGCCUAGCUCUGCUUGGCGUUUUUGGAGACAUCACGGCCACUCUCCUACCUAACUGGAAGAUCAACGCGGAUGUUGGCUCGAAUAUCAUAACGGCCAUAACGCAGAUGCAAGGGCUCUGGAUGGACUGCACCUGGUACAGCACUGGGAUGUUCAGCUGCACCCUGAAAUACUCCGUGCUCUCUCUCCCUGUCUACAUCCAGGCUGCACGGACCACCAUGGUGCUGUCUUGCAUCCUAGCAGCUUUCGGGAUUUGCAUCACCACAGUUGGGAUGAAAUGCACAAAGUUGGGAGGGGACACUGAGAGCAAAAGCCACACUUGUUUCGCUGGAGGAGUCUGCUUCAUUCUUUCGGGAAUCUUUGGAUUAAUACCCACAUCUUGGUACACGAGAGAAAUAAUCUCCAAUUUUCUGGACACAACCAUUCCCGAGAGCAGUAAACACGAACCGGGAGGAGCUGUCUAUAUAGGAUUCAUUGCAGCAGGGUUUCUGCUUAUUGCAGGUGCGAUCUUCUGCACUUCUUGUUUCAAAAAGCAGCAAGGACCAUGGAUUUACCCAGCAAAACAGCAGCAUUUCCCAUCCACACAGCAAGAGAGCAACGCAGGUUACAACCUGAAGGACUACGUGUGAAUUUGAGGCUUACUUUGUACUAAGUACAGCCUUCUCAUUUUAAAGAACACGUUUUUCUCAUGUCAAGGCUGCAAAUUUGUUUUAGCAAGGCAUUUUUACAUUUAAUGACAUCAGCAAAAAGAACGAGGUAGGAAACAAAGCGUAAGUCUGCUACAAGAGGACUUUUUCUAGUGAUCUGCAAAACCGUUUCCUUUUGGCUUUCCAAAUAAAAUUUACUGGAGAAAAAGGAACCUUUUUAGACUGUAAUUCUCAGUAGAAUUAAAUUGAUAAUUUGUUAGAGCAAAGACUCUUAAAAACACACUGCUACCUAUUCAGCAAAUCUGACUAUCAGUAACGUAUGAUCUGUGGUGAUGCAAUUUACAUUUUUUUAUUUUGAGAUGAAAGGAAAAAAGGAAGCACUCGCUGUCCAAGAAGCUCAAUUCAUCGGUUUUUAAGUAAAAGACACAUCUACCUUUCA